CAGACUACAGCAUGUUAAAACAGACAGAACAACUCAAUAGCUGUUUUGGUGUUUUGACCAUUUAUUUCGUGAUAAAUGUGUAAAUACAUUAAUAAAAUUUCCUUUUACAGCAUUCUAUUUAUAAACAAGCCGCUAACGAAUCUGUGUACAGUUAGUCAUCAAAUUUGGAAUUAACGGGAUAUGUCCCAGUGGAUAUGCUGUAAUUCAUGCUUUAAGUCUCCAGGACCGGACAUCCACCUGGCUGUGACAAAUUGUGGUCAUAUAAUUUGCAACAUAUGCUUUCGAAAAGGAAAAGAAGGCGAGUGUCUGAUCUGCAAAGCGAAAUGUCAGCUGUCUCUGCUCUCAGACAAAAGCAGCUCAGAAAUCAAAGCACUCUUCUCAGAUAUCAGCACUACUGCAGUCAAGUACUUUUCAGAGAUAAGCAAGGUCUUACAGUUCCAGGCAAGACACCAGAAAAGGUUACUAGCCCACUAUCAACAGAAGAGUGAAAAAAUGAAGGAGGCUUUGAUCAAAAUGCAGCAAGAAAUGAAAGAAAUGUCAAAAAAAAUUGCAGAGCAGACGGCCUACAUAUCAAAGUUAGAAGUAGCCCUUCAGCAACAAAGUUCCCGAGUGGGAUUCCAGUCCAGCAGGGAUUUGAAUACCUCCAAUCGAUUUAAACCAGGGUACUCGUCUUCUCCAACUUCAUCAGCGGCAUCAGUUACAAAAAUCCCCUAUUCCUCUCCAGUGUGUCUGUCUCGUCAUUCAUCCAGCGCAAGCUUAACUGAAAACAUGGACAUGGACAGCAGAGCUUUUCCCAUUACAACCUCAAUGUCUGGAAGCGUUUCCAGACUUUGUCUCAUCAGCCCACCACAAGAUGGCCGAAUAGGCACCAUUCCUCACAGAGCAGCAAGUCAGAGCACCAUGGGUAGCCACUCAAUACAAGGUGCCAAUGUCAGUAGAGUGCUUUCCAGUAGCCUGAAGGAACCCAUGUUGGCCUCCUCCAAUAAUACCCUGUACUGCAAAGAAACGCCGUGGGAAAUGCCGGUAUUCAAAAUGCCCCCAACGUACAAAUACCCCUCCAUGCCCUCUCUAGGACCUCCGCCGUGACAUAUUAUAGCGACGAUCUUAAAAUAUCACUAGUGGCUACAGAACAAGGGGGCUAUUCUUGUACAGCUUUACUAUGAUGCUACCCUGGAAACACAACAGAUUUAAAGACAAGGUCUUGUGUUCAACUGUUCGCAAGAGGACAAGAUUAUACAUAUGCAUGACUGCUUGGCACAACUGCAGCAAUUUGUAGCUUUCCUUGUUCUCACACCACAAUAGAUUCAUAUUAAGUAGUGCUUCAGGGCUUCAGGGUAUGAUAUAAUAGCCUUUAUGGGUUGCGUGUUUUUAAUUUUUUUUUCCCCUUUAAAUGUCUGUGCUUGCAGUAAUCAAUCACAGACGAGGCACGAGUGGGCUGUGAAUGUGGAUUUUAAUAUGCUGUGGUAUGAUUCAUUGCAUGUCAGCUGCACCUGUGAAUCCACACAAAGACAGCGUUUUAGUUUCCAAACUCAUAAAUACCAUAUCACUGAAUCGUUUGAACUUGGU